AUCAAGCUUCGUUAUAACUUAACUGACCUUUGCUAUCACCCCCUAGAUUGGUGACUGCCGUGGAAAUAUGCUGCAGCCCACUGUUACUGUUGAUUCGAAGGCACUCGCUAGUUUGAUAUGUGUUCUGCUUAUAGGCGGUGCUCUUGUUAAGAGGACAUUACGUAUCAAGUCUACUCUGCCCUUGCCACCCAGCCCGGAGAAAAAUCAUUGGCUUUGGGGGCAUGUUCUGCCCGUUCAAUAUGGUUUUCUCCAAGUCGAGCAGUGGAUCAAGGAGCUGGGUCCUGUCGUACAUGUUAGGUACGGGAGGGAGUCGGUUGUCAUCGUAGGGCGUCACCAGGCUGCCAUUGACAUCAUGGAGAGGCAAGGAGGGUCGACCGUUGAUAGACCUAGGUCAGUUGCUGCAGGGGAUAUGCUUUCUGGUGGUCUGCGAAUGUUGUUCUCUCCCAGCGGCGACAGGUUCAGAAGAAUGCGCAGGGCGGUCCAUACCCAUCUGCAACCCAAGGCUGCCGAGACAUAUGAGCCAAUCCAAAUGGACAAUGCAAAGAACACGAUAUUUGAUCUCCUAGAUAGCCCGGAUAAAUAUACACUUCACGCACGUCGGUAUGCCGCUUCUGUGAUACAGAAAGUCGCUUACGGUAAAACAACACCAACAUCUGGUACUGACCCUGAAGUACAGCACGUGCGGCUCUCGCUCGACAGGUUGCGCCAUGCUAUGCGGCCCGGCCAAUAUUUUGUAGAUACUUUCCCCUUCUUGAAACAUCUGCCUUGGUAUGGCCGUGAGUUGAAGAAGUGGCAUCAGGAUGACUUGAGACUUUAUACCAGUCAGCUGGGUAAAGUUCAGAAGCAACUGGAAUCAAACCAAGAUGUAGGGCCUUCGUUCGGAAAAUACCUACUAGAGAGUAGCACAGAACAUGGAUUGUCGAAUUCGGAGAUGGCCUAUCUCGCGGGUUCAUUUUUUGCUGCGGGUUCCGAUACAACUGCUGUAGCUAUCUGUGCCAUGAUCGUAUCUGCAGCGGUUCAUCCUGAAGCUCAGGCCAAAGUGCAAGAGGAACUUGAUAACGUGAUAGGCCGACAAAGAGCGCCCACAUACGAUGACGUAGAUAUGCUACCCCAGCUGCAGGCAUUCAUUCAGGAAAGCUUGCGUUGGAGGCCCAUUGUCCCGCAGGGUUUGGGUCAUCGAGUCAACAAAGACGUUAUCUGGGGAAAUUAUCUUAUACCUGCCGGUACUACUGUAUUCGGAAAUCAUUGGGCUAUUUCGCGUGAUCCAGACGUUUAUCCUAAUCCCGAGAACUUCGAACCUCAGCGAUGGCUGGAUAGUCAAGAGAAGGUAAGAGAAGACUUGAAAUUUCCUACCUUUGGGUUUGGGAGACGAGUAUGCCCAGGACAACACGUUGCUAAUAGGUCGGUGCUCAUCAACACCUUACUAAUCCUUUGGGCGUUCCGGUUGUCUCUGGAGCCGUCUGAAAAGACCAACGACAUGGCAUUCAUGAACGUGGUUAUCCCCAAGGAUGCGCCCAAGGUACAUUUUGAGAAGCGCAUCGACGAAAAUCAGUUGAGGUUCAUGAUGGAAAGGUACUCUGAGCUCUAACUUGAAGUAUGAUAGUCCUUGAUGCAGUUGUGAUAUCAAUGCUCGCCGUUGCUUGUUUGGCUAGUCCAGUCGAAUGGAUGGCGAUACCUCAUGCAUGUUUUAAUCGAGUUAAACGUUAAAUAUUGACCACAAUUUUCGU